CCAUCACUGCUCGAGACACUUGUAUUGUUCUACCAACCGCCUGUUGACUCAUUCUCACCCUGAACAACCUAGUCACAUACCAUGCCUCCAACAGACCUCAUGAAAAAAUCCCCCGCUACCAACUCAUAUUUGAAUGUGAAACUUGUGCUAAUCGGAAACGUUUCAGUUGGGAAGAGUAGCUUACUCCUCCGCUUCUCGGAUGAGCGAUGGUUUCCCGAGCACAAAAUGAUAUCCACUCUUCGCAUUGAUCUCCGUGUGCAUGAAAUGGAGGUCAACGGGCAGAAGGUGAAGCUCAGUGUAUGGGAUACAGCCGGCCAAGAACGCUUUGACGCAAUCAGAUCCCCAUACUACCGUGGUGCUCAAGGGAUCAUACUUGUGUAUGACGUAGCAGACCGCAGGUCAUUCGAAGCGCUUCCGAGAUGGUUUUCUGAAAUCGACCCCCACGUCUCAACCACAGUGCCGAAGAUUAUUGUCGGAAAUAAGGUUGAUCAGGAAAACUCUCGUCAAGUUUCCACCACCGAGGGUUCCACUUUUGCCUCUCGUCAAAAUGCCCUCUUUGUCGAGGCCUCUGCAAAGACAGCCGUCGGGGUACGCGAGAUAUUCGAAGAGCUGGUGGCGCGGAUUAUUGAGACCCCAGAGCUGUGGGCACCUGUGACACCAGAAACGGGUGUGGGUUUUCUACUUGCGAAGCGGAAGGAGGACAGCACAUCGGGGAUGAUCGUUAUGAGACGUAAUACGGUUGAUUCGGGCGAUGGGAGUUGGAGUUGUGCAUGUUAGAUUUAAUGUGUGAGGUCGUGUUAUGUAGCCGCUCGCAGCGAGGCUGUAUGUAUCUCCACUUGCCAUAAGUUGCAACUACCACAGACGUCACAGCAA